AUGUGCACAAUUGGCAGUUACCAUGUGAUGAUAGUUUCGAAGUAUUUUAAAACUGUUGAAGACUUUAUAAACUUGGAAUUUGUAUGCAAAAAGUUCAAUGAUAAUAUGGAAAAGUUUCACUACAACCCGAUUCCUUUAACUUUCAAAACAUUGAAAUAUUUUCCAAACAUUGAGACACUUCAUUUAUGGAACAAAGAUGAUGACAAUUUUGGUAAUAAAUUUAAAGAAAACAUAGAAAACGAUAAAUUCGAUGGAAAUCAUAAAGAUGUUGAGAUGGAAAAAUACGUUGUUUCAACAAAAAU